CUGGCCGGUGAGGAGGAACGUAAAAGAAAAUGUCACGCUCAAGAGCAGCGUUGCUCGUGGCGCUUGCCCUCCAGAGAAAUGAAGAACAAGUGCCACCAGAGAGCCCAUGCCCACUGAUGUAUUCUGAGGAAGGAUUCAUGGAGUUUGAAAGAAAUGUGCUUCCAGCCAACGCAAAGCCUCAUUCUAAAAGAGUUGAAAUCUUACAUACAACCCCUACAGAUGGAAAGGAUAAUAGGAAACAGCGUGCACCUCUGAAUGAUCUGGCAAGCAGCACAAAUUGUGACUAUAAAGCGACACCCUCAAAGGAAAAGUCAUACCCAAGAGUUGCAUCAGUUGAAACCGAUGAAAUGCGCAUCACAACAGAUCAGGAGAACAUCAUCACCAAGGAGCGAGAUCCUCCAGCUAGGAGAGAACUAUUCAAAGAUGUUGACUCCAAUGGAACAUUAACCCCUAUGGAUACGUUCACUGUUCUCUCUUCAAAUGUAUUCCCUAAAACUACUUUUUGUGACACUCCCGAUGCACCCACAACAACAGAUGGAGGAAUAACUAUUCUUAAUUGUUCAUCUCCAACAUCUAAUCCCACUUCAUCAGGGUUUAUGGAUUUGAGCACUGAGAUGGAAGAAAUGUCUAAUUAUUUGGAUCCUGAUUUUAUGGAUGCAGAGAUAACCCGUGUUAAUACUUCUGCCUCUGCCAUGGAAUUCAACACUUGUGGUUUUCCUGGUGUGUCACAUGAUGUUAAUAUUAUAGAGGAGCCACUUGGGCAAGUUAUCAAUGGAUUAGCACCAAUAGACACCUUCGGUUUGGAUGCAGUUCCAGAUGUGGAUAGUGCUGGCCCUCCACAGGUUCUGGUUGCAGACAAUCUUGAGAUUACCCCUGCUGAAGUAAUUGUCGCAGAAGAGGACAAUAAUGCUCUCCUGCCUGCUCGUUCAGCCCAACCAGCCACCUGGAAAAAAAAUGAAGCAAAAAGUAAGAAAAAUGCAGGUGAGAAGCACACAAGUCUAAAGGGAAAGGAAGUAAAAGCAGUUGAAAUGAAGCCAAGAUGCACUGAAGUAUGCAAUAGAAAUUGUAAGGAAGUGUCAGAGGAAGAACGUAAAAAAAUAUUUGAUUGCUACUACAAGCUAAGUGACCGGACUGCAAAGUGGCGCUACAUUAGCGCUUAUAUUCAUUCAGGAAAAAUUUUAAAGAGGACUGUGGUUGUGCAUGAUGAAGCUGAAGCGAAAAAAAAUUGUUCUAAUAGUUAUUUCCUUCCUGCUAAAAGUCAAGGUAAAGAAAUUCAGGUAUGCCAGACUAUGUUCCUGAACACUCUUGCCAUAUCAGCUACAACUAUGAAAACUGCAUUAGCCAAAAGAAGAGAUAAGUUUGGGGUCAUCUCUCCUAAUAAAAUGGGCAAAGGGAGCAAGAAAACACCUGAAAGGAAGAAGCUAGAUGAAAGUGUGAAGGACCACAUCAGCCGCUUCCCUACUGUUGAAAGUCACUAUUGCAGGAAAAGCUCAACAGCACGGUACCUUGAUGAAAACUUAAACAGAAGAAAAAUGUACAAUUUGUAUGUAAUGGAAUGUCAAGGGAAAGGCAUGGAUGAAAAAAAUAUUGCCUCAUUGAGAAGGUAUAGGGAUAUCUUUAAAACUUACAGGCUGAAAUUUUACAAGCCCAAGAAAGACCAGUGUCCGAAGUGUUUGGCAUGGAAGCACAAAAAACCACAGACCAGGACUCCUAAAGAUGAAGAAAAAAUUAAAGAACACUUGGCUCAAAAAACACUUGGUCGAGACUUGAAGGAAGCUGACGCAAACUUUGUUACAGAUUCUGAGAACAGAAAAGAACUGUGUGUCAUUACAUGCGAUUUGCAGAAAAUGAUGAACACACCAAAAGGUGAGAACGGGGAAUUUUUCUAUAAAAGUAAAUUUUCAACUUAUAACUUCACAGUAUUUGUGUCCGGUGAGCAGCAGGGCUACUGUUAUGCCUGGCAUCAAACAGUAGGAAGAAAGGGAUGCACAGAAAUUACCAGUUGCUUGUGGAGUUUCAUUCAACUCCAAGCUGCAAAAGGUAUCAAGGAAAUAAGAAUUUACAGCGACAAUUGUGCCGCCCAAAAUAAGAAUCAAUAUUUAUUCUCCAUGUACGUAAUGGCAUCCAUUAGAUAUGGAUUGAAAAUUACUCAUAGAUACCUAGAGGCCGGGCAUACUCAAAUGCAAUGUGAUGCCAUGCAUGCUAGAAUUGAAUUAUUUAUGAAGAAUACAGAUGUGUUUGUUCCCUCCCAAUGGAUCACUGCAAUGAAAAUGGCCAAAGUCAAAAACCCUAAAUACAUUGUGAAAGAAAUGAGUCAAGAGGAUUUGUUUGACUUUGCUCCCUUAGCAGCUCAUCAAGAUUGGGAAAAUGUGAGAACUUCCCUGUUUCGAGAAGUGGUGGUUGAUGGUAAGGACCCCGGCUUGAUCAAGUACAAGACCCAUUUCGACAGGGAGUCUGUUACAAAGCAAAUCAUUCUACCCAAAAGAGGAAGGCCGGUCAACUGGAAGACCUUUCCACUUCAUAGGAAAUAUCCACAACUUUUCCCAGUACCUAAAAAGGUUCUCAGUGGACUGCAAAAUCUUUGCAAAACAGGGGCAAUACCAGCUCAACAUGCAGAAUUUUACCAAAAUUACCUACCCAGUCUCGAUCAGCAGGGUGUUCAGGUGGUAGAGCCUCCAGCUUCUGAUGUAUCAGAUAUUGAGUCUGACGAGGAGGACUUUGUUAUUAGUGAAGAAGAAGACGCUGCAAAUGAAGGCUCUGAUAAUUAA